UGGUUCUCCAUAUAAUACAAUGACAUGUUGCAUUUUCAGCAAAGAAAUUGCAAUACAAGACUCCAAGAAAAUUUCACCUGUUGGAAAAAAGAUGGCAGAAAAAAUGAGUGAUCAGAAAGCUGUCUACCCAUCAGAAGAAGACAGGAUCGUGAUUGAAAUUGGUUCAUCAGAGGAUGAGGAUGAAAGGUCUGAUGAUGAACCAUGUGCCUCUGGACAAAAUGUGGCUGCUUCUGGUUAUACUGAAGUUAAGCAAGAGGAAAAAGAUGGCUCAGCUGCCAAAAAACCUAAACUUGAUACUGUUGAAGAACCUGGAACUUCUGGAGUAUCCAGCUCUCAUGAGACAAGGAAGUUUAAGGUGAGAAAAGGCAAUCCUGAACUUGAUGAAUUAGAACAACUGGCCAAUGACAUUGAUCCUAGUGUGUGGAAGAAAGUUGCAAGAAAGUUAAAGAUUGACAAUCCAGUGAUCACAGCAAUAGAUAAGGAAAAUGAGGAAUUUUAUGAAAAGAAAUACACAAUGCUGCAAGAAUGGAAGCAGGCAAAUGGAAGUGCUGCUACGUGGAGGGAACUUAAUCAGGCUCUAAUGGAUGCUAAUCUCAGGGAGUUAGCAGAGAAGCACUGCUGUGCAAAGAUGAAUUGAAAGGGACUAUUUGUCAGGAACGGUUUUCUAUCAAACACUGUGCAUAAGAUAUUUCUUUGCUAAAAAUUGUCACACUUUGGUAAAAAGUUUGCUCCAGCACUUAAAAUGCAUUUUUUAAGUUAGCCAGGUGAUAACCAAUGGGAUCGGUCCUUCCUGAACUGCACAACUUUUUAUUGAAACAGGUGUUUGUGAUUUUUAUAAUUAUGAAACCAGGAAAUGCUCAUUUUGGCAUUUGGAAAAGAUAGAGCUUGAUGCUACCUUUAAAAGCCUUCCUUUUCUUAAUUGUGUAUUAUACUUCUUUAUAAUUUUUUCCAAAUUUUUUUACAUUUAACCUUCUUCAUAUGCUUGGUAGAUAGUACAUAAGUCUGACUUGUAAUUAUCUGAAAAAAAAUUAUUCUCUAUUUUUAUCCAUGUAUUUACCAAUCUACUAUAAAAGUUAUUAUUUUGCACAGUUAGUUUAAUUAGCUUUUGUUUGAUUAAUUAGCCUGUUGCAUUUUAUUUUCAUUGCAACAAUCUAUAGGCACGAUAUUCUGGCGCGCACUGCGCAUCGGUUCAUGUCAAAGAUUGGCUAAGCUUUCCAUAGAACCAAAUGUAUGCAUUGGAAGAGAUCCGAUCGAAAGAGUCAAAUAUACCAAAAUACUUGGAAUCUCUUACGUGGAGCAAGCAUGUUUAAGAAAUAACUAAAAAGAUUACAGCAGGAAUUAGUGCUUUA